AGCUUGGUUCUGGGUAGUUCAGUCAACAGGAAAGGUAUCGAGGUCACACAGGAAGGGAUGUGACAGGGGGCUGCUCCGCACACAGCACUCACACUCAGCUCUGCCGCACUCUGCUCUGUCACACUCUGCUCUGCCGCACUCAGCUCUGCCGCACUCUGCUCUGCCGCACUCUGCUCUGCCGCAUGCUUAGAAAGGAAAAGAUCCACUGGGAAAAGUGGGUACAAUGCAGAUGAUGUAGCAUCUCUGGUUAUGGUGCAAGAUGGAGCCGACUGAAGCCAAUGGUUAUCAUUCUAGGCUUUAUAAACUCCACUCUAUAGAGGAGAAUGAAUGCGAGUCGGAAACAGAAGCUUUGAAGCCACCAGAGACAGCUCAUUGGACAGAAAGAACGACACAAACUGUUCCAUUGGACCAAAUAAUUCCAGAGAAUAUGAAGGAGUCCCCCUCUGUACAGCCAAUCAAGAAUUCUAAAUCCAUUGUCUCUUCUGCCAAAAAAGUUAUCUCAGCUCUGGGACCCAGCGGUCAGUCUUUAAUUGCCGACUUUGUGCACAUUAACGACUGCUUGAAAAGCAGCUCCGAAAAAUGUAGCGAGCAAACGGAAACGGUUAUUUCAGAUCUCUGCAUUCACCUGGUUAUGGUGAGAAAUGGAGUUCCCGACCCACAUCUGCAAGUGGAACUCAGGAACAGACUGCGGCUGCUGGAAAAUGAUAAUAAAGAAGUUGUGUCCGUGUUUAGUGAGUUGUCUGCUCGUUUGCUGUCCAUCGAGAGUGAUAAGGGUGUCAUCACUGUAACUUUUAAAACGUUUGAAGAGAUAUGGAAGUUUUCCACUUACUAUACACUUGGUUUCCUAACUCACUGCCUGGAGAACAUGUUUUUAGACCAGUCAUUUUGGCUGUCUUCACCAGAAGAAGAAGAUGCAGGUCUUCAAGUCUGUGUCAAGGAGGAGACAGUAAAUCUCAUUUAUAGAAACCUAUUAAUGGAGGAAGGAAUGAUGUUUGUUUUGUGUGCUGACAACCUUAUCAGACAGGCUGCGGUGGUGGAUAAUGCACUACACGUGAUACAUCCAGAUGCACCAAAUGAUGGAUUGACCGUCGGGUGGUCACAUAACGAGAAUUCCACAGAGGAAAGCAAAACUGACGAACCUUUAUGUCCAUUUCAUCAGUGGUUCCUUAAGACUAAUUCCUUAUCCAAACUUUCUGACUCUGUUUGCCUAGAGCAGAAAAACAAAAUUGCUGUCGGCUGGACUGAAGCAACUGUCAGUUACGAAAGUGCUGCCCCUGAUGAAAUAGCCUACUGCAGCGGCGAUAUCAUUGAGAUAAUAGGCACUUUUGUUGAAUGUUUAAAGUGGUUUGUUGGAAGAAACAUGACGACCGACCGUGUUGGCUUUGUAAAAACGAGCGAUGUCAAACCUUACGCAUCAGAAGAAAGGAAAGAACACUUGGCAUUUCCAGUAAGUGAAGAAAACAGAAUGUUCGGCACAAGAGAGAGUGAUUUCACUUUGGAGAAUGCAAAGGCUUUACUGCAUAAAAUAUCACAUUCUGAUGUCUGUAAUGUCUACAGAGUUGAUGAACUUGAGGCCAUAAGGGAACCCCAAAGUCAAGAAAUAACCAGCCCCGACAUUAACGACGAAGAGGACAAUUGGAAAGAAAAGAUGGAGGCUUUCUUACAGAAUAAUAAAGAAUGCUGUCCUUCUUCUGAAGAAGCCAAUGAGCCAGAACGUGGAACUGCAGACUCUUCCAUCGAAAAAAAUGUUCUAACAUGUGAAGAUAGUGAUUUCCCAAGCUUCUGUAUUUCUGAGGAACUGGAGAGGAACGAAGGCUUUCAGACUUUACUAUUGUUUUUAAAUAGUGAGAAAUAUCUCCCAGGAUUUAGAUGUAUCUAUGACAUCUCAUACGGGUUUUUACAUGCAUUAUUCCAUGGAUACAAAGAGGAAGAAGAACUGGUUCGCUAUCUCAGCAUGGUGAGGGAUUCUGCAAAGAAAGCAAGCAUGCCAUUGGCUUUGACCAGAAUCUGCUUUCUUCUAGGUCGACUGUGCACUAAACGACUCAAAUUCUCCCAAGCUAGGGUUUAUUUUGAAGAAGCCACUGGUGUUCUAAAUGGUGAUUUCAGAGACAUUUAUCUCACUAGUGCAAUCUACAUGAACUUGACUGCCAUUUAUUUAAAACAGAAGAACAAUGAGAAAUGUAGCCAAGUGAUCGACAAGGCCACCUCUCUUCUUAUAGGAUUACAAAGCCAUAUUAGUAGCACAGAGAUGGAAUCACUGAUACUCAAGUAUGCUUUGAAGACCUCAAUCCUUAACCAAGAUCUGUUUAGUGAAACAAGGUCAUGCCUCCUUUUAGGGCAAAUGUAUACGAGCAGAAGGCAGUUUGAUGAGGCCUUGCCUUUUAUAGAGCACUUGCAGGUUUUGAGUAAUAAAAUGGACUCGUGUGAUUGGUUCUUGCCAGGAUACUAUUUCCAGCUUGCAGAUAUUUACAGUCACAAAUGCUUGCCCCAUAUAGCACUGAGCUCUAUAAAAGUCGCUUCUCGUGGGCCUUGCAGCUUCACCGAUUCCUUGAGAAAAGUAGACUUUAUCAUUGGAAAUGCAGCAAAGCUUUGUGGGAUUAAAGGAGGGAGAUUGUCCUUCCCCACUCAGAUUUCCUACUACCUCAGACAAGCACUUGAUUCAGCAGUCACGGACCAAGAGCAGAUCCUCUCUACCUCUAUAUACCGAAGCUUAUGGCAACUAUGCACUCAGCAUAAAGAGUAUAAAAAGGCUAAAUUAUAUAUAUUAAAGGCCCUUGACCCUGGUAUUUGUACUGAUAUGAAAUCCAGAGUGGACAUAACGAUUUCCCUUGCCUGGCUUUAUAUGCUUGAUGGAAAACAUACAGUAGCACUGGAUAUUCUGGAUACAGUUAAAAAGUUGUGCCAUUGCUCACCAGUUCAAUUGGGAAUCAUAUACAACCUCAGUGCCAUCGCCUUCAAACAAAGAAAUAGAACAAAAGAAGCAGCCGAGCAUUACUUCCAAGCUUUGCAGCUUUCAAAGGAGACGGCCAUUUUGCAAAACCAAGCCGCGGCAUUGGCCAACUUUGGGACCUUAUUCCUGCAUCUGAGAGCCAAUAAUCUGGCAGAGAACUUCUUAGUAAAAUCUGUUGCUAUUUACUCCAGGCUGCCAAAUCUGGAUAACGGGGAUGACUUUAUUCAUAUACUACUUAUACUUGGACACUAUUACAUCAAAGGAGACCAUAAAGAAAAGGGACGGCUUUAUUACGAGUGGGCGUUCCUUGUGGCGAUGGAAAUAAAUCACUUGGAAAGCCAGCUCCAAGCAGUUCAGUCUUUGUGCCAUUUCUACUCCACCGUUGAAAUAAACGAAGCUCAGUGUAUCAUCUACAAUGAAUAUCAGCUUUCAUUGGCAAGAAAAAUGUCAGACAAAGACCUAGAGGGGCAAGUGCUGGAAACCAUAAGUCACCUGUAUUUAUCCUUAGGCACUGAAAGAGCUUGCAGAUCAGCACUGGAAUACACCAAACGAAGUCUUGGGAUUUUUAUCGAUCUCCAAAAAAAGGAGAAGGAGGCUUACGCCUGGCUGUUGUCUGGGAAGAUAUACUAUAUCCUGGGUCAGAAUGAACUGGUGGAUCUCUAUAUUCAGGUAGCCCAGAAUGUAGCCUUGUGUACUGCAGAGGCAGAACUUGGUAUGCAGCUGUUUGAGGCUGCAGGAGAUAUAUUUUUCAACGGUACCUAUGACCGAGAUAAAGCAGUAUCAUUCUACAGGGACUGUGCUCUCCCGCUCGCUGUGAAGACUGUGAAUAUUAAGGCAGAGCUUCGCCUGUGCAACAAAUUGGCAGAAUUAUUGAUGAAUAUAAAUAGCUAUGAAGAUGUCUUAGAACCAGCCAAGAGGGCCCUGGAACUUAGUGUGAGUUUAGGAAAUCAGUUGAAUGAAAGAGUGUCCUAUCACAGGCUUGCCGGCAUAUACAGGCAUUUGGGUCAGAGUGAACUGGCGGAACACUUCUACCUGAAGGCUCUUUCUCUUUGUCCCUCUCCCAUGGAACUAGAAGAGGAAGCUGUGUAUUACAUGAAGGUCUACUAUAUCCUGGGGGACAUAAUAUUCUAUGACCUGAAGGAUCCUUUUGAUGCUGCGGGAUACUACAACCUUGCGCUUGCAGCGGCUAUGGAUCUGGGCAACAAAAAGUCUCAGCUGAAGAUCUACGUCCGGCUUGCCACCAUUUAUCACAACUUUCUAGUUGAUCGGGAAAAGUCUCUUUUCUUCUAUCAGAAAGCCCAAACCUUCGCAUCAGAGCUUAAUGUUCGGAGAAUGACAUUUUCCUCAGGACAAAAUCAUCAGGCGCCUGCGCGUACGUCUAUUAAAUUGACCAUGUGAAUCAAGAAUGCAAACACUUAGCGAGGAGACUUGAGGCCCCAGCAAAAGGGACAACGUUUUCACCCUUUGUCCCUGUUCAAUGUCAUAGUUUAUUGCAAAACAAUUUACAGAAACUAAUAAUAAUGGAAACAUCAAAGUGAAUUUAUGCACCAUGGAAGGUGUUCUUUCCUACAUUUUUUUCUUUUCCAUGCUGAGAAAUAAGAAAUGUACUAUACUAAAAGGUCAUUAUAUCCUCUAAUUGUCCUGCUCAAUUGUCCCUGCCAGGGGAGGUCCAAGCUAGCAGCUAGUUUCAUCUUGCCACGCCUCCUGGACUGCUAGGCCACACCCCCUCUGACUUAGUGUAAUAGGAUUAUAACACACGUCAUACAUGUAUAUUCUUGUAAACUGAACUGAAAGAUGUACUGUGAAUUAACACUGAGAGUUUAUAAAAGCAGGAAAACUA